AUGGCUGAAAUCAAGACCACUAUUCCCAGGGGCUCUUGGGUAUUGGUGACUGGUGCAAGUGGCUUUGUAGCCUCCCACGUUGUCAAAGAGUUUCUCCAGCGUGGUUACAAAGUCAGAGGCACCGUUCGUGACCUGGCUAAAUAUUCCUGGCUUGUUCAGGAUCUCUUCAAGACGGACGCAGACAAGAGCAAUCUCGAGAUUGUCCAAGUACCUGAUCUGGCCGCAGAACAUGCAUUUGACGAGGCUGUCAAGGGUGUAUCUGCCAUUAUCCACGUCGCGACAAUCGGCUUCUAUCCCAACCCCAACAAUGUGAUACCGAAAGUCGUCGCAGGUACCAGGUCACUCUUGGAAGUUGCCAUAAAAGAGCCGUCGGUGCAGCAAUUUGUGUACACCUCGUCCAUUGCUGCUAUGAUUUCGCCCCAACUAGACGACGCUACUCAACUCACUGCAGAUACUUGGAAUGACGAAGCAGUGAGUCAAGCUUGGGCACCUCCUCCAUACGAGCGUAGUCGUGCUUGGCCUGUGUACGCAGCGAGCAAGACACUAGCUGAGAAGGCGGUUUGGGAAUUUGUCAAUGAGAAACACCCUAAGUUCACAGUGAAUACCGUCGUACCGGCAGCGGUCUUUGGCGAGUGCCUGAGUAAAACCCACGCUGAACUUGGCCAUAUGUGGCCGAGAAUUCUAUACGAAGGCAACCCUGAUGCAGUUGCAGGAGUCCUUGCAAUGCCCGGCACUAUACAACACAACGUCAAAGACUGUGCUAUACUUCACUUGGCGGCAGUACUAGAUCCUGAUGUCAAAAACGCGCGCCUCAUUGGCUGGGGGCAGUCCUGCACCUGGAACGACAUCCUAGCCAUUAUGCGGAAACUCUGUCCCAAUCGCAAGUUCCUUGAUGAAGUUCCUGGUCUUGACAAAUAUAAAAUAACUGCAGAUGAUGAACAAUCUCUUGCAAUUCUGAAAAGGUGGACUGGACAGUACGGGUGGACUUCUUUGGAGGAGUCAAUUGCUCAACAUCUACCUACCAUUGUGACGUGGUAUCCGUAG